GGCGAGGCGAGGGCGGUUGGUGUCAACGGGGGGCGAAGAGGGGACCGGAGCCAAGACCCUCCGCCGCCUCCCCGCCGCCCUGCCGCAGGUCUCCUUGGCUUUGAGGAGGAGCUGCAGCCCUGCCCACUGCGUAAGGGAUGGGAGCAGAGAACAGUGCUCUGAAGAGCUAUACGCUGAAAGAGCCACCGUUCACCUUACCCUCCGGACUUGCUGUUUAUCCCGCUGUGCUGCAAGAUGGCAAAUUUGCUUCAGUUUUUGUGUAUAAGAGAGAAAACGAAGACAAGGUUAAUAAGGCUGCUAAGCACUUGAAGACACUUCGUCACCCUUGCUUGCUCAGAUUUUUAUCUUGCACUGUGGAAGCAGAUGGCAUUCAUCUUGUCACUGAGCGAGUACAGCCUCUGGAAGUGGCUCUGGAGACACUGUCUUCUGCAGAGGUCUGUGCUGGGAUCUAUGACGUAUUGCUGGCUCUUAUCUUCCUUCAUGACAGAGGACACCUAACACACAACAAUGUCUGCUUGUCGUCUGUGUUUGUGAGUGAAGAUGGGCACUGGAAGCUGGGGGGAAUGGAGACAGUCUGUGCAGUUCCUCAGGCGACACCAGAGUUUCUGAGGAGUAUUCAGUCAGUAAGAGACCCAGCGUCUGUCCCCCCUGAAGAGAUGUCUCCAGAAUUCACAACUCUGCCAGAGUCACAUGGACAUGCCCGGGAUGCCUAUUCAUUUGGGACGUUGGUGGAAAGUUUGCUCACAAUCUUAAGUGAAAAGGUUUCAGCGGAUGUUCUCUCCAGCUUCCAACAGACCUUGCACUCAACUUUGCUGAAUCCCCUUCCAAAAUGUCGGCCAGCGCUCUGCACCCUACUGUCCCAUGACUUCUUCAGGAAUGAUUUUCUAGAAGUUGUGAAUUUCUUGAAAAGUUUAACAUUGAAGAGUGAAGAGGAAAAAACUGAAUUCUUCAAGUUUCUGCUGGACAGGGUCAGCUGCCUGUCAGAGGAGUUGAUAGCUUCACGGUUGGUGCCUCUCCUGCUCAAUCAGUUGGUAUUUGCAGAGCCAGUAGCUGUGAAGACUUUUCUUCCUCAUCUGCUUGGCCCCAAAAAAGACCAUGCGCAGGGAGAAACCCCUUGCCUGCUCUCACCAGCCCUGUUCCAGUCGCGGGUGAUCCCCGUGCUGCUCCAGCUGUUUGAGGUUCACGAGGAACAUGUGCGGUUGGUGCUGCUGUCCCACCUUGAGGCCUACGUGGAGCACUUCACUCAGGAGCAGCUGAAGAAAGUCAUCUUGCCACAGGUGUUACUGGGCCUGCGUGAUACCAGUGAUUCCAUUGUGGCAAUUACUCUUCACAGCCUAGCAGUGCUGGUCUCUCUACUUGGACCAGAGGUGGUUGUGGGAGGAGAAAGAACCAAGAUCUUCAAACGCACUGCCCCAAGUUUUACUAAAACUAUUGACCUUUCUCCAGAAGGUGAUCAAUUUUCUCAGCCUAUUAAAUUUCCCAUGAAUGGAAUCUCAGAUGUGAAAAAUACCUCAGGAGACGGUGAAAACUUCCCGUCAAGUUCUAAAAAGUCUGAGGACUGGCCUGACUGGAGUGAGCCUGAGGAGCCUGAAAACAAAACUGUCAACAUCCAGAUUUGUCCUGCAACCCCCUAUGAUGCUGCCAAGUCCCCACCCUCUAACCUGAAUGUGGAGGAGGAGACUUGGGAUGACUUUGAGCCCAGCAGCUUAGAUUCUGAACUAAACCCAGGAGGUGGAAUUACUGCUGCAAGACCUGUUACCUCAGGGGAGCAAAAGGCCAUUCCUGCUUUGCUUCCACUCACUGAAGAGUCCAAGCCUUUGAAAUCAAGCCUACCCCAAAAGACCAUUCUUGCACAAAGUGGGGAUGACCCAGACCAAACCAAGCCACUAAAAGUGUUGUCACAAGAAAGGCACCUUAAGCUUCCAUCAGAACUUGGUUUAGGAGAGGAGUUUACCAUUCAAGUAAAAAAGAAGCCAGUAAAGGAUCCUGAGUUGGACUGGUUUGCUGAUAUGAUCCCAGAAAUUAAGCCUUCAGCUGCUCUUAUUUUACCUGAACUGAGGACAGACACGAUGGUUCCUAACAAGGAUGAUGUCUCACCAAUGAUGCAGUUUUCCUCAAAAUUUGCUGCUGCAGAAAUUACUGAGGGAGAGUCUGAAGGCUGGGGAGAAGCCGGGGAGCUGAACUGGGAAGAUGAUAACUGGUGACGACGGGUAUGAGUUAAACUUUAGGGAAAAGGAUUCCUUUAAAAAAAAUCAAACUAAUACCUCACAAGUGGGCUCUGCAGACAAGAAAACCUAAACGCAUCCUGUUUUCCCAUACCAGGAGCUCUUUUUCCAGUCUGUGCCAACUGCAGCGUGAGCCCUCGAGUGCUGGCUGAAAGCCCGCACAGUGCGGACGCUCCAGGACUGGCUUCUCAGAGGAAGAGCCUGAGUGCACUGGACUAGGGCCAGCUUCUGUGAAGAGCAAGCUGUGGAAAGGUUGAAUUUACUGCUUUUUUCUAGGACAAUUCCAGAAGUAAAGAAAAUAAAUACAAAAAUUCAAGCUGA